GGGAGGGACUCAGCAACAACGAGCAAAGUGCUGGAACAGUGCGGUCUCUGGAACAACUGGUCCCCACAAAGGUUAGAAAUAUGGGUUUCGUGGCCCUUGAAACGAAAACAAGAGCCAUUUUUUUCCCGAAACUGGCAGUUGUUAACUACGCAGUGGACGAAGACUGGUUUCAUUUAAUGGUGUAAUACGUAUGACCUCACACGUUUUGGUCUACCCACCACACGUUUAUCAAACCCAAACAAGUGCCUUUUGCAGUGUGAAGAAACCCACAGUUGAACUCAAUCGCUGUGUUUUUCAUAGGAGGACCCUGCAGACCUAUAUAAUUGGAGUAAACCUUGGCAUUGCUAAGCCUACCAAUAUCCUCCUUUCAAUUAAGACGAAAGUGUCUUGUAGACUCCAGAGUGGGCAGGACUUAUCUUUGCAGGCAGCUACAUCCCUGAAAGAAGUACACAGAGUUGCUCCAAAAAACGACACCCCCCUGUCAAGGCAAGGGUCCAGAGAAGCUGAGGCUGCAGGGAGACAGCAGUGUAGGUGCAGUCACCCUGGGUUUCGGGGACUGUGGCUAGAGAAGCAGCAGUGAACAAGGUGAAGGAGGUAGUUCAAACCUCCACUGUGCUCUAAUUGGACAGCUUCCUGCGAUGUGGGCUGAACUGUAAGGGUGAGUGGAGAACAGUGGGAAAGCCAUGCAGAUAGUGGAGGACAUUUCCAUGAUACCUGCCAUGUUGCAAACUAAUGUAGGGAACAAGAACACCAUGGGGGGAGUGUCCCCCAAACAGAAUGUUGGUGGGACUGGGGCUCGUAAUGCGACAGGGGAUGGGGACUACCAGUUGGUGCAGCACGAGGUCUUGUGCUCCAUGAAGAACACUUAUGAGGUGCUGGAGUUCCUAGGUCGUGGCACCUUCGGACAGGUGGUGAAGUGUUGGAAGCGAGGCACAGGGGAGGUUGUGGCUAUCAAGAUCUUGAAGAACCACCCAUCGUAUGCAAGGCAGGGCCAGAUUGAGGUGGGCAUCCUUGCCCGUCUGAGUGGGGAGAACGCUGAUGAGCACAACCUGGUGCGGGCAUUCGAGUGCUUCCAGCACCGCAGCCACACUUGCCUGGUGUUUGAAAUGCUGGAGCAAAACCUCUAUGACUUUCUCAAGCAGAACAAGUUCAGCCCGCUGCCAUUGAAGGUGAUCAGACCGGUCUUACAGCAGGUGGCCACUGCGCUGAAGAAGCUCAAGAGCAUGGGCCUGAUCCACGCUGACCUGAAGCCGGAGAACAUUAUGCUGGUGGACCCGGUGCGACAGCCUUACCGGGUGAAAGUGAUCGACUUUGGCUCGGCCAGCCACGUGUCCAAAGCCGUGUGCUCCACGUAUCUGCAGUCACGCUACUACAGGGCUCCAGAGAUCAUCCUGGGCCUGCCGUUCUGUGAGGCCAUCGACAUGUGGUCCCUGGGCUGUGUCAUCGCUGAGCUCUUCCUGGGCUGGCCCCUCUACCCAGGAGCACUGGAGUAUGACCAGAUUCGCUACAUAUCUCAGACACAAGGGUUGCCAGGGGAGCAACUGCUGAACGUGGGGACCAAGACUCCCCGCUUCUUCUGCAAAGAGUCUGACUCGCCUUAUGCUCCCUGGAGACUGAAGCUGACAGGGGAACAUGAAACUGAGACUGGGAUGAAAUCCAAAGAGGCCAGGAAGUACAUCUUUAGCAGUCUAGAUGACAUGGCACAUGUGAAUCUGGUGCUGAACAUGAAGGGCAGUGACUCGUUGGCGGAGAAGGCCGACCGGAGGGAGUAUGUGGGCCUACUGAAGACCAUGUUGCUAAUUGAUGCCGAGAAGAGGAUUGCUCCCUCCGAUGCCCUCAACCAUCCGUUUGUCACCAUGCAGCACCUCCUCGACUUCCCCCACAGCAAUCAUGUUCAAUCAUGUUUCCAAAUCAUGGAUGCCUGUCAAUCACGGCCCAACACGUACAACACACUCAACCGCAACAAAGCCCUGUUCCCCAGAUCCUCAACCAACUCAGCUGGACUGCCGAUGGCCUUCAGUAAGAUGGGAUCAGUUCGCUCUCAGGCUUUGACGCAAUCUGCUCCCUCUGUGAUGCAUCCUGGGAUGCUGCAGACAGGAACCAGUCAGUUUGGAUGUAAUGACUCCUUUCAGCCAGCCCUCAUCCUCUGCCCCCCAGCCAUACAAGGUAAUCCAAACCAGCCAGGAUAUACAGUUAGGAUGGAAAACACAAUACCGAUGGUGACCCAAGCCCCUCCCAUACAGCCUUUACACAUGCGACCCGGAGUCAUAGCACAGCAACCGUGGUCAAGUAGAAACCAGCAGAUCCUAAUACCAGCCUGGCAGCAAGUGGCUCCCCCUCCCACCACUAUGGCUUCUGAUACUGCGGGUGGCCCACAGAGGCUCAGUGACUGGGGGAAAGUUCGGCAACACAGCAACCAUUACAGCAACAUGAUGCAGCCUCUUCUAACCAACCAAAUGGCCAUGUCUGGUCCACAACCAAUCAACAUUGGCAUUGCACACGUGGUGUGGCCACAGCCGCACGCCAACAAUAGGAACCGGCCCAGUCAGAGCCGCAGCAUGCACUACUCCCACAACAAUGGCAACAUCCAAAUCUCAAUGUGCCGCUCUCCAAAGAUGGCCGACCGUGUUAGUCACACAGGAGGAGGAGGAGAUGGUUCCCGCGGGGAGAGGCCUGAGGUGGAGGUUCAGCAGGAAAGACGACAUGAGGAGGAGGUGAGCUGCUGUAAGGCAGUGGAGGAUGAGAGGAUAGACAUGUCCCACCAGCAGCGAGAGUCUGUGGUCAUCGACGACCUGCCCAGCCCCACCAUCAGCGUCAUCAGCAGUGACACGGACGGAGAGGAGGGUUCCUCUUGCCGGUUCAAAGGCAGCCCUGACUGCGAGGCGUGUAAGAGCUCUCUGAAUAUGGAGAGGGUGUGUUCCCUCAGCAGCCCAGACAGCACCCUGAGCACCAGCUCCUCUGCCUCGGUGCAGUCCAGCCCGUCCCCCUGUAAGAGGCCCAACAGCAUGUCUGAGGAUGAUGGUCAUGAGAGUGGCUGUGAGACGGUAGACGGUUCCCCUGCCUCGGACUCCAGCCGGAGCCAGAGCCCCUACCUGGAGAGCCGCUACCUAGGCAACCACAGCCAUCAAUCUCUGAGCAUGAGGACGAGUGGCAUGGCCCCCCAGAAGGAGCCCAGCAAUCCCCCUGUGAGAACCAUGGUGGUGCCACCUUUGAAGGUGGUGCUGAACAACAACAACAUGGACCUGCACACAGACCGAACGGUCUUCGAAUCCUCAUGCCAGUCCAAAAGGCGCUGUGCCCCUGGACGACUGAACCACCACCACCCCCGGCAGCAACAGAAGAUGACCACAUUCCAGCAGCAGCCCCUGGGCUUCGGCCAGCCUCAGGUCCAGCAAUACAGCUCCUGCCACAAGGAAUGGAACGGAAAUUAUGGGCUGCAUCGGCGGCCGCACGCUUACAUCCCUCCCACGGUACACGGCCACGCUUUCACCCCCACCCACAACUCGGGGCCUCACCCCCAGACCACCCUGCUCUCCUAUCCUCCCUCUGCGCCCGUCGCCCACCUCCUGGCCUCGCCCUGCGCCCAGCGGCCCGUCCUACAACCCGCCUUCGGCAUCUCCCACCCUGGCAGCAUUGUCCACCAGGUGACCAUGGGCAUCAACCACCGCCUGCUGCCCUCACCCACCAUCCACCACCAGGGCCAGUUUGGGCCCCUCUUUCCCCCACACUCCUACAUCGCCUCGCCAGCCUAUACAGGCUUCCCCCUCAGCCCCACCAAACUCAACCAGUACCCUUACCUCUGAGCACCAGCCGCCCAGGGCCAUAGGCCAGCAAGGGCAGCCAGAAGUGACAACGUUAACCAAGGCCUUCAUCCGUCAUCUCUCAAGUUAUGACAGAGAAAGAACCCCCCCCUCCUCCAGGCUUCAACAAAUCAUGUUGGUUGAUGAUGAUAGGAUUUAAACCUGGGGGAAAAAAAUAUUGAAAAAAGAAUGAAUCAACGAUUAAGAAAUUCUCACUUUUAAUGGGUUUUUGCACUUUUGUGCUACAGUGUCAUUUGGAGCGUAAGUCUCACAGUACAGUCUCACGGUACACAUUGUUCUCAGCCCUGUUUCUCCCCCUUUUUCUAUAUUGCCUUCUACCUAGCAUGUGUGCUAGUCACAUCACUCGUUAAGCCAUCCCAGUCUCCAGUGCUAGGACAAAUGUCUCCGUUGGUUCUUUGUGGCGUAAAGGUGUUCCCUAAUGACCUAGUUGUUUUCAGUGUGUACCGUCAGUGGUCUGAAAAGGUUGUUCCACACGCUGCAUGCCUUCGCAUGGGAAAAAUAAAGUUGUUGACAGUUAGAUGUCACUCCUGUGUACUGUGAGACUUACUACAUCGUAACCUGUUCCCACACCUACUAGUGCCUUCAAUAUCUGAGGUUGUUAAUGUUACUUCUGGCGUUUAUAGAUGUAUCAUGUACUGGACUGCAGCACUUGAAUAUCUGAUUAUUUUCACUCAUGCUUUUGCCUAUCAGAUAAUCAAAUAAGUAAUACUUAUUUGGGCUCAUUGUAUUUUGGGGGUAAAGAUUCACUAUGCAGAAAUCACUCUGCCAUUUCCUGGUUGCAAAAAUUCUAAUGGUUCGGCAAAUUUCAGUUUGUGACAAAACAAGCAAGUAUAGAGUAUAGAAUCAUUGUACCAUCUAAACCGCUGUGAAAUAUAUUUUCCAUAACCAAAAAUAUUGUAUUUUUAGCUGUUUGAAGCUGGUGUACAAAAACUAAACUUAAGAAUGGGAAGCAUAGAAAUAGCGCACAUAGCUACUGAUUCUUAGACUUGCUUUCAAUGAGAAGGACAGAUCUAGAACACACAUUUCUAUAUAUGUGAAUUUUGUCCGGUAGCCCAAAAAGAUACAUUGCAGCUUUAAGCUUAUUUUAUGCUUUAGGCAAAUGUUUAUUUUGUUUUGGACUUUUCCUGAAUGAACUAAUGUACAAACAAAAGGUGAAUUAUUUAACAUUUGAUCAUCAAUUUCUAGUCACUAAGUACUUAAUUACUAACAGUAUUGACACUGUUUAUUGGAACUGCAAUACAAUCUACAUAUAGCCGCUGGUUUUCUGCGUUAUUGUAUUUACAGCCUUUUUCUUAGCGUAAUACCGAUGUGGGGCAUGGCAUUGACUAUAAACAAACAUGCAAAUAGUUGGUUGAUUCUUUGUAUGAUCUCAUAUAUCUUCAGAAAACUGUAGUGUUUUGAUAUACCGUCUAUUAACCUAGUGUAUCAUUGCUGGACUAUGUAGUGCUUGACAAGGUGUAUUGGUUAAGUGCAAUUUCCGCAUUAGACUUCUACUUUAUUUUAUUGUUCCAUUUGUUGAGGUUUGUUAAUGUGUCAACUGCUUAUUUUAUACAUUCUGUCAGGGAGGAAAUAUCAUUUUGUGUGAAUUGUUUUUAAUUGCUAGUGUGUGAAUUAGGUUUUUGUUUUUUCUUACUUACAAAUGAAAAUGCUUUUUCAGCACCAAAGACUGUAAUUCACCCCAAGCAAGGUAGCUACUCUUUCUUUCCCUGUUGUCUUCAAGUAUACUGGAGUCAUGAAGAUGGAAUAUAUUGAGAAAAAAUAUAUUUUAAAAAGGUUUGUUUUAAGCAUUUUGGGCAAGUUAUAUCAUAUAUCUUGAAUGCAUCAUAGAUGAGCUGCUAUGUACUGAUUACCACUUCAAAAUAGCUGUGAAUUUAGGGGAUUAUCUUAGUUCUUACUAUGCAUUCUUACUUUUGUAUAGUUCUAAUUACCAUAUACUAGAAGUGGGUUUUAUUUGAGUAUAGUGACUGGCACAAAGACUUGUUAGUGCCUCUAUAUUUGCUUUGAUGUUUGAAGUGUGAUUGGAACUACUGUAUUACAAGUAAUGGAAUUAAGUGUUUUUUUGUUGUUUUUGUGUGCAUAUAGCAUCAGUAUUUUAUAUUUUUAAUCAUAGGUUGGGUUCAUCAUUGCAUACAGUAGUUGUGUUGACAAUUUUGCUUAUCGAUUUUAGUUAUUGAUCUGUUAACAUCCUGAAAAGCCCAAAGAUGAUUCACAUUAUUGAUUGACAGUUCUAUAUUACCAUGCAGAUAUAUUUACUACAACACCUCUAUUUGGUCCCCACCUUUACAUUGGGUUGUAGAGAUGCCUUCACGUGUGUAAUAUUUGUUAUGAAAUGCAUCAGUAAGCACUUGUUAAACUUUCAAAAAGCUCAUCAGGUUUGGGUUGUGGCAAAAUCCCACACAGUUUUCAUGAAAUUGCCGUGGUCAAUGAAGUGCUUCACUAAUAUGGAUUUUUCUAGCCAUCUAUUUUAAUUAAGACUAUGAAUUAUUUUUUUUGUAUCUAAAGUGAAUUGUGAAAGAUUUUCUAUAGAUGAUUCUUAUCUAUUCAUAAUGGAUCGAUUUGAGGCAGAUGGGUGUGAAUUAUUAAAACAUUUUCUGUCAUAACUCAUUAAUCCAAACAAGGGCAACUGUCAAAUGAUGACAGAUUAUAUUUUCUAAUCUUUCUAGCCCUUUUGUAGUCUUUCAAUACAUUGUGUACUGUGAAAGAUUGAAUAUGUUUACUCACUAGCCCCCCAACUCCAGACACACAAAUAGCAUUUUUCUCACUCUGACAGUGUCUACAACUAGUGCCUUUUCAAAUUUUGGUCAAGAGAACUGUUGGUUGAUAACUCCAUGGCCCCUAGCCAGUCCCUCUCCUGCAGAGUCAAGUGUGGCAGUAGAGUGAAAUAUGGAUGCUCCUCAACAGAGCGGAGUAUUUCGCACCAGAGUGGUAGGAUGUUAGGAUUAUGCAGCCUCAUGUUUUAUCAGGACUUCUGCAGCCUGUUCAAAUCCUCAUGUUUCUCACAUUUGUUACGAAGUGAGAAAGCACUCUGCUUUUGGACUCAAGUGUACAAUUUAGUAGAGCUGACAAACACAAUGCAUUCUCCUUUCUGAGGAGCUCUUCUGGGUGCUGGCUGUUAUCUUCAGGUCACGCAAUCCCAAUGCUCAACCUUAACCAUAUGGUCUGAAUCUAUAUAGCUUUUCUACAGAACAUAAAAAGACAAUUAUUCUUAGUCAGGGAAUAUUUUAUACAUAUAACACUCAACACAGUUUUGUCUCUUUUUUAUUGAACAUGACAAAUGCAAAGCUUUACAUACACUGUGAAUGUAUUUGUGGAGUUGAAUUUUUGGGGGCUUUGCAGACAUGACAAUGUUUUUGUUGCAUUUUUUGAUGGCUACAGCUAUUUCUAUUCUGUAUAUGAUAAACAUCCAUAUAGCAGCAUCUGUUUUGAUUGAUCACUUGUUGGUAUUUGCUUUAACAACCCACAUACACACAGAUUAGGUCCAAAGUUGUCACUUUUUAAGUCUAUACUGCAACUAAUGUAUUAUGUUGUGUCAUGCUAUUAUAAUUAAUUCAGGGUAUUUGUAUUGUCCAAUAUGCCACUGCAUUAAUCUUCAAUCCUUUCCACUUGGUUUGAUUGCUUUGGAUCUUGUUUGCAGUUAUUUCACCUGUUAGUAUAAGUUGUAUUACACUUCAAGUGAUAGGGUAAUACACGUAGUAAACACAGCAUAUAGACUUUAUUGCUAAAUUGGAAGUGUUAACUGUUUUAUUGUGUAGUUUCUGUGGCUUUAUUUUAAUAUGCUUUUGGUUUUAUGCUACACUAGUUUGCCAUGUAGCAACUGCACUGUGCAAUAUAAUAUGAGAACUGGGAAAAUUUAUUAUUUUGGAUGUAAUGUCUCUUACAGUUUGCGGUCGUAUUUCUCUCUAGUUCUCAGUGAUUUCAAUGUGACCAAGCCUUAUUUACUUUGUCACAAAAAGCGGGUUUUCCUAGUGACUGUUGGAGUGUCAAAUUUAAGAAUUGAUGGUGUACUAUUGUAAAAAUUCACUUUCAAUAAAAAAAAUAUUGCUUCA